UUCCAAAAACAUUCAUUCUCUUGUAUAUAUAUAUAUACUCUCUUCUUGGAUCCUCUCUCCCAAAGUCCUUAACCAAACAAAUAAAGAACAUUCAAUUUCCAUAGCUUCUUCUAUCCUUUCUUCACGUAAUGGGAAACUAUGUUUCAUCCGCACUAAGCAAAACGUCUUCUUCUUCUUCUUCAUCGGCGGCGAGAGUGAUACUCCCGGACGGUGGAGUGCGUCAUAUCCACGCGCCGAUGAAAGCUGCCGAGCUAAUGAUGGAGAUCCCGAGUUUCUUCCUCGUCGACGCCAAGUCUUUAAAGAUCGGUCGGAAACUUAGCCCUUUAGCCGCCGACGACGACCUUCAGAUCAGAGGAUGUCACGUGUACGUGGCUUUCCCCAUGACGCGUUCCACGUCAGCUGCUAAUGCUUCGGAUUUGGCUCGGCUGUUCGUUGCUGCUAAGAAACAGCGUCGCCGCCUCGUGGGUAGUGGUUGUUCAGGCGCCGCCGUCAAAUCACACUGCCACAACAACGGAAAGGUUUCGCCGGACGGGGAAGAUAAUGAUGAUGAUGACGUAAGGGUGGUAUCGAAGCUGAAUUUAGAAGAUAUCGAAGAGUUUUCGGCGGCGGAGUUUAUGCAUAGGAUCUCUGUUUCCAAAUCUAAGAAACCAAAGUUAGAAACUAUAGUUGAAGAAUCUUUGUCUUAAUACUCUCAAGACAAAAAAUAUGAUCAAUUUCAUUCUUUUUGUCCCUCUCUGCGCAAGUGGUUUGGUUUCUCUCUUUUGUGGUUUAUUAAUGAACAGAAAGAGACAUUUUAGUCGGAGAUUAUUAUUAUAUGAAACAUUUGAUGAUCUUUCCA